CGGGACAACUGCCGGAACCAGCUAAGGCUGCAUAUCAAAAGCAAUGUCGAUCUACUCAUGGAUCUCAACAAAACUUGCUUUUCCUUUCAAUGAUGUAUUUAUUUUUCAAUAAACACAAAAGACUUCUCUCCUCAUCUCGAGCUCCUGAAAUUCGAUGAAUUGAAAAUUCAUACCUCACGAAUAAACUCGGUUUAAAAUGAAGAAACUCGUUCAGAAAGCUAAAGCUCACAUACGCUCAGGCUCCUCCUCUUCUUCUCCGUCUUCUCCUUCAGACUCAUCUCACCAGAUCACUAAUAUUCACCUACCCCAUCCAUCUACUAUCUCCCCGCCGACUCCUCUAGAAAUUCUGCGCUAUCGCCAUCAUUUUGGCGUCAAUCUUGGCUCAAUCUUUGUCCUUGAACCAUGGCUCUUUCCUAAAUUCGCAGGAGGUGCAUCAUCUGAGCUCGAUGCUGUAACUUCUUCGGUGAAGACCAUUGGUGUAGAAGCUACACGUCAGAAAUGGGAAGAGCAUUGGAAAACCAGAGUUACCGAUAAAGCGUUUGGAUGGUUGGCAAAAUCGGCAAAGGCGACUAGUAUUCGAUUGCCCAUUGGAUAUUUCACUCUCGGACCGGAAUUUUGUAUUGGAACACCUUUUGAAAACACGAAAGAUGUGUACCAAAAUUCAUGGACAAUCGUUAAGGAAUUUAUUACUCGAGCUCGUGCGUUUGGAGUCGGAGUUCUCAUUGAUCUUCACGCUUUACCUGGCGGUGCGAAUACAGAUAUGCAUUCUGGGUCUAGUACUGGGAAAGCGGAACUUUGGGGCUCAAAAAAGAACCUCGAUCUCGCGAAAAGGCAUUGUUAUUCAUUGCAAAAGAAUGUAAGGACUUGGACGGCGUAAUUGGCAUUCAACUUUGCAACGAAGCAUGUUGGGAUGCCGGAAAAAGAGGAAUGUAUAUUUUCUACGACUCCAUCAUUCGAUCAAUUUCCGAAAUUGAUCCGGACAUGCCGAUCUACAUAAGUGAUGCUUGGGAUCUUUCUCUUGCUUUGAAAUGGGUCAAAGAGCGACACUGGAGAUCUGGAAAGAUUCCUGCCAAUCCCGUCGUCAUAGAUACACAUAAAUACUACACCUUCGCAGAUAAACAUCGUUCACAAGCCGCACAUGAUCUUAUUCGUCAGAUCCCGAACGAAAUGGGUGAAUUACCCAAUUGUAGUCCCAGUGCCACACAUAUAUCCUCUGGCGGAGAAACACAAGUUAUAAUUGGUGAAUAUAGUUGUGUGCUCGAUGGAAAAAGCUGGGAAAAUGUCAUCCUGAUAUGAAAGAAGGUUUAGUCCGACAAUUCGGACAACUCCAAUGCAAGAAAUGGUCUGAUGGAUGUAGUGCAGGAAGUUAUUUCUGGACGUGGAAGAUGGAAUGGAUGGACGGCGGUGAAUGGGGAUUUGUAGAACAAGUGAAGAAAGGAAAUGUUGUUGCUCCAGUCUACAUGAGUUGGCUUGUAGAAGAAGUUAAAGAGAAAUUGAGGAAGGCAGACGAACAAAAAGUAGGCCUUAUGGAGAAAAUGGUUAAAGAACAUGCGGAUUAUUGGAACCAUACGAAUCCUGGGAAACAAUUUCAGCAUGAUUUGUAUCAAAAGGGUGGGAAACCGGGUGGGAGGAUGCCAAGGCAUUUUUGGGGUCGAGGGGUGAAAAGGGCGGAGCUGAUAGAAUAGGUUGCUUGGAGAUAUGGAUUAAGAAACGGAUGAUAGAGUUUGGAGAGAGGGGGGAAUUUUUAUGGGAAUGGGAACAAGGGUUUAGGUUGGGGGUUAAGACUUUUGAGAACUGUGUUGAGAUUGAUUAGUAGGUGAGUUUUGGCUGUAGCAGCUUAGGAGAUGAAUAUUGUGAUAUCGGGAAGGAUAGGAUAUUAGAAUCA